AGAGAAUCAAAGAUGAUGAGCUGUCCAGUCUCAUCCAGAGGAUGCUGGGUAAUUAUGAGGAAGGAUAUGACGGACCUGAGGAACUUUGUCCUGCGCUUCAUAAUGAGCGUUCUGCGCACUUCCCUCAUGUGGACGAGCAGUGUGGACGCACGGAUCGCUCCAGAGCCGCUUCAGACUCUGGCCCUCCUUCAGGUGAGAGCUGGGACAGUUUACCGGCCCUGUGUCCCCCGGUGGAGCCGCUGUCCCCUCUACAGUCCAGUGACUCGGACGGCGACCCGUCUCUAGAGCGCAGCAGGCCAGACGCGCCUCCACUGACUCACGUGCUCCCGCUGAAUUUGCACGGUAAACUGGCCAACGCCAAGAAACCCACAGCAUAUGUGAGGCCGACGGUCGGUCAGGAUCAGGUGACCAGUGGUUCUCCCGAACUGAAGGCCUCACCGGAGUCUUAUGAGCACUUACAGGACCUGAAGGAGAGCAGCAAACCAAACCUUCCCGCUCUGCAGUCUGCUGAUAUUGUGUCUGGAGCGCGUGUGGGGGACAUUCUGCAGGAAAUGACCUCAUGGCCUCCACUACUGAUGACCAUUUGCACGCCAACCACAGCCGAGCCGCCUAAGUUCUCCUCCACUAAUGAGGAGACACAUGGAUUCCCGACUCUCAGUAAGUGUGUGUUUGUGUGUGU